AUGUCAUUAAUCACGUUUUAUGUGAAUUAAGAAACAUGUUUAUAUACAAAUAUGGAAAAUGAAUUACACACUUUCUAUUUAAAGAUGAGAAAGUCAAAUAUAAAAGUGAAGGUUUAUCGAAGUGAAACAAAUCACAGCAAAGUAAAAAGGGUACACAAGUAAUAUACAAAAACUGGUUUUGCAAAGUGGCAGGAGUUAAGUUUGUUAAAUUCAAUCCACUGUUAAACGUUUUUUCUUUAUAAAGUGUGAAAAUGAAUGAUAAAAAACUUACUGUAGCAUGCUCAACAGAAUACAAAGACUAUCCCUUUAAGGAAAAACUUGAUAUUUGGACUUUGAUUUCUUUAAAAGCGCCUUCAUUGGGAAUGACUUUAGAUGAAAAAGAACAUAGAAAAAGAGCACCUAUAGACCUUGUUGUAGUAAUAGAUAAGUCUGGAUCAAUGGCUGGUGAAAAACUUGCUCUUGUUAAAAAAACUUUGGAGUUUGUUGUAUCACAACUAAAUGAAAAAGAUCGACUUUGCCUUAUUACAUUUGACACAAGUGUUUAUUUGGAUUUUAAACUAACACCAAUGACACCAAUGAACAAAUAUCAGACCUUAAAAAUUAUAAAAGAUAUAUCACCAGGAUCAAUGACUAAUCUUUGUGGAGGUUUAAUGAAAGGUUUAUGUGAAGUUAUUGAUCGUGCUGAUGAAGAAAAAAAUGAAGUUGCAUCAGUUUUAUUGUUUACUGAUGGUUUUGCUAAUAAGGGUAUAACAGAAACAAAAGGUAUAAUUGCUGCAAUGAAAGAUCCAAAAACAUAUGAUGGACCUUCGUCUAUGCUUAGUAAUUAUUCUGAUUUUCAAAUCAUCAGGCAUAGCUCAAGAACAUAUACACCUCAUCAGGCAUGGCUCAAAAACAUAUACAGCAACAAUAAGGAAGAGUCACAAACUGCUAAAUAUACCAUUGGUAUUGUUGGCCCUAAAACUGCAGAUGCUUCAAUUUAUACUUUUGGUUUUGGAUCUAACCAUAAUGCCCAAAUGUUAAAAGAAAUAUCUGAUGCUGGCAGUGGCAUGUAUUACUACAUUGAAAAUGUUGAUAUGAUUGCAGAAGCUUUUGGUCAAUGUCUUGGAGGUCUUUUAUCUACUGUUGCCCAAGGUAUUCAAGUAGAAAUAAUGAUGGAAAAUAAAGUUUCAAUCAAGAAAGUACACAGUAAUCAACCAACAGAGAAGCAAGGCAGCAGCAUUAAAAUCAACAUGGGUGAUCUUCAAUCAGAAGAAAGCAGAGAUGUUGUAUUAGAGCUGUCUAUUGAUUCUUUAGAUUCUCCGACAGAUUGUCAGACUCUUUUUAAUAUUAAAUUAAACUAUUUUAAUGUUAUUAAUGAAUGUUUGGAAAGUAGUAAUGCUGUUCUUACUGUACUCAGACCAGAAAAAUGUGAAGAUCAUAACAAAGAAAGCUCAAAUAUUGAUCUAAACAAACAAGUAUUACGAAUAAAUGUGACAAAAGCAAUGAAUAAUGCAUACGAAAAAGCAGAGGAAGGAGAUUUUUCAGGAGCAGCUGAUUUUCUAGAAGAACAGUUAUUGGUAUUGAAUUCAGUUUCUUCUAGGCUUGCUGAAGAUGACCAAUUACAAUGUAUGCUUGCGGAUGUUGCUUUGUGUGGUAAAGUUACCAAAAAAGCAGGAUGGUUUGAAAAAGGAAGAAAAGCUCUCUUAAAUACAUUGCAACAACAUGAACGUCAACGAAGUUCAAAUUUGAAAUCGAAAAGCUAUGCAACAAAAGAACAAUGUUAUGGAAGGGUUGCUGCAAAGGGUUUUGUAUUAAAAUAGUUUAUAUUUGCUUUAUAUAUAUGAUAAUAUAUAUAUAUAUAUAUAUAUAUAU